AGGGCCCCAACAAAACUGAUGAGUAAUGGGAAGGUCUGCAUGCAAGAUGCUUGGGUCCGAGGGCCAGUCGGUGAACCCCGGCCAUCAGAUCUGCAGACACGAGUAGCCGGGCCAGGCCUGUCGCACACGCGCAGGACAUCCACAGUCCUCUCUGGCGCUAGACUUAUCGCGGAAUGCGAACCCACAAUGGAUGGGAAGACCAACAAGCAAGCGACAAGCGGAAGGCUGCGCGCGCCUGCCACAGGGCGGUCCCAGCGUCCCCCACCCAGCCAGCCUGCCUUCAAGAGCCAAGACCGCCUCGCCUGA